AUGGCUUCAAGAACCUUCAUGCCGAUGCUGCGCAGCGCUAUGCACGUUUCGCCCAGGACUGUUUCUUCGGUUCCUCGUCGCUUUCUGAACACCGAAACUGCUCCCAGUCUUUACACCGCACAUGCCAAGGUCGUAGGAGCGCGCGUCGGCCACGUUGAUGGCGAGAACCUUAAGAUCGACCUUACCAUGGCUAAGGCUCUCGGUGGUAAGGGCGAUGCUGGCAAAACGAACCCCGAGGAGCUAUUUGCUGCUGGCUACGGUGCGUGUUUCCAAUCCGCGAUGAACGCCGUAGCACCUAGCGUGAACGUUAAAAUGCCCACGACUCCCGAGGACUCCAUCGUUGAGACAAAGGUGCACCUAGUCGGUGAUAUGAAGGCGCUUGAUAUGGGACUGAGAGUGGAAAUGAAUGUCAAGGUCAAGGGUUUGUCGAAGGAGGAUCUUGAGAAGGUUGUUUAUAAGGCGAGGCAGGUGUGCCCAUACUCGAGGGCGACCAAGGAUAACGUCUACACUACGGUGACUUGUGAGACUAUGUAG